CAAAGAUGACGGAUUGAAAAAGCAAGCAUUUGUUUUUGUGUUUCAAAACGAGAAAAGAAUUUAUACAUAUUAAUUGCUAAUUUUUAAAUAUAAUAAAUUGAGAAUUCAACUAUAAAUCUGAUAUUAAUAAUUCAUACAUAGAUUUUGCUGAAAACCAGAAUAAUGGCUAACGUACAUUGUCAACUAUGGAUGGGAAGCCUUGAAACUUAUAUGACUGAGAACUUCAUUAUAGCAGCAUUUCGGAAAAUGGGUGAGGAACCACAAAAUGUUCGCUUGAUGAGAAAUAAAUACACUGGAGAACCAUCUGGAUACUGUUUUGUAAACUUUUCUUCGGAUGAUAAAGCAAUUGAUGCUAUGCAUAAAUUGAAUGGGAAACCAAUACCUGGUACAAAUCCAAUCGUAAGAUUUAGAUUAAACAGUGCUAGCAACUCUUACAAAUUACCAGGAAACGAAAGAGAAUUCAGUGUAUGGGUUGGGGACUUAAGUUCUGACGUAGAUGAUUAUUCUCUAUAUAAAGUUUUUUCUUCGAAAUAUUCUUCAAUAAAAACAGCCAAAGUGAUUCUAGAUAGUUCAGGAUUUUCUAAGGGAUAUGGAUUUGUUAGGUUUGGUAUUGAAGAUGAACAACAAGCUGCAUUAUAUGAUAUGAACGGUUACAUCGGUUUAGGCUCAAAGCCUUUAAAAAUAUGUAACGCGGUACCAAAACCAAAAACUUUAACUGGAACAGAUACAACUACUACAGUAACUCCAAGUUAUAUGAGUGGAUACAGUGGAAAUUCUGCAGCGACUACUACCACUACCCAAUCAGCAGAUUAUUCUCAAUAUUAUGAUCCAUCUGUCUAUUGGCAAGGAUAUAGCGCAUGGCAAGGCUAUUAUGAUCAACAAAAUGGAGCCACAGAUCCAACUGCAUAUUAUCAACAGCAACAGGCAGCAGCUAUGCAACAACAUACUCAACAAACUGUGGCACAACAAGCUGAAGCAUGGAGUGCCCAACAUAAUCAAAAUUAUGUAGAUCAUCAUAAUCAACCAGACGAGGAUAUGCAAUUAAUAGACCAUAAAGUAAUUAUUAACGUUGACAAAAUGAAUAGGGAAAUGGCUGAGCGAGAUAGAAACUUAUGGGAUGCACUAGAAAGCUCAAAGUGGUUACCAAUAGAACAACUUGAAGUUUUUUAAAUUAACAUUAAAAUAUUUUAUAAUGUAUGAUCGAUUCACAGUAUCAAUAAAUUGGAUUUC